CAAAAGUGAAAAAGUUGAUUAUUUAGGAAGUAAAAUAAUUUUUUUUUGUAAUUUUAAUAUAAUGUUAAAAACAAUAACAAAAUUGUAUAAACAAUAGAGUAAAAAUGCGAAAAUUUACUAUGCAAGUUAACACAGGUAGUAUUUGCGACUAUAAAGUCGAAAAAAGUCGCAGUUUACUGCAAUGCCUAUGCAACAAACUCCAAUAUGUCCAUGAUGCCCGUGCCAACUAAAAUACUAUUAACUGAACUGGACGCACAUCGUACAACUUUAACAUUACAACGUUCAGUAAAAAUUAUUAUUUAUUAAUGAUCCCUUGGAUGCGUGCCAGGUGGGCGGCACGCAAUAAACGAACCGCCGGUGAGGAUAAAACCGAUGCUGCACAGGCGACUUGCAGUCGAUCAACCGAUGGUUUACGUGCCACAAGUGCCAAUUCAAAUACAGCAGCAGGCGCUACAACAAGUGUAGCAUGCGAACAACAUAUAAAGCGUAGUGUCUCACCAGCGCGUCAUACGGCACCACCACAACGUCGUAACCGUAGUCUGGUGCCAACUUCACCUGCGCGGAGCAUAAAUCAACAGCAGGGAACGCGUGUCGGGCAAACUACGAUGCAGUCGCUGUCACAGUCACAACAGCUGCAGCUGCAACAUGCAACUCCUACACUUACGCCGCAGCCACGUCGUGUGUCAAAAAUAAGAGGCUCACGACGUUCAUCAGGCAUUUCGAGCUCAGACUCGGCUACACACGGCUCCAGCGACAACAUUGAACGUGAUGUGACCAAACAAAACAUCCGAGUGCGUGUCAUUUGCCCCAGCGCACGUGUGCUAAUUUUCCAAACAGACAUAAACAAACGCAUUGCCGAGCUGAAAAACGAGGUAAUGCUCGAAUUGUCCGAUGAUGCAAGCGCCUUACCGCUAUUCGCGACUGACGUGCGGCAGCUGGGACCACGUUAUCGCAUAAUGCGCGCUGAAUACCAAGGCACCGAACUGAAUGAAACCAUGACGCUGGCGCAAUUGAAAAUUGAAGACAAUGCAAUGUUGUUGCUGGUGCCGCGACGGCAACAUCUGCAACAAAUGACUGCAGUGACGCGCGAUUUGCAAGCGCCGCGUGAACUGGAAAUCAAUACGGCCACGCGUAAUGUAAUGCCGCAUACCGUGGACAUGCCGAUGGUGGACAUCAAUGAGAUAUUUCAGCAAUCCAAUCUGCAAUUCGACGUGCGUAAAGUGCUCAUCUCAUUGGCGCAAGCUUCUGCGGCCAUUAUAGGCGCCGGUCCAUAUGCCACACGGCUGAUAGCGAUGCUUAAGCAAAAGUUAAUCAACAAACGUAACUAUCAGAAUGAUACACUGCAGUGCCUUGUCGAUAUGGGUUUUAAAAAGGAGAAGGCCGAGUAUGCGCUUAAGGUUACGCAAGGUGUCUACUCAACUGCGCUGGAGUGGCUGAUACAACAUCAGAGCGAAGAGAGUUCGAUAGAGGAAGCGGCUAUGGGUCUGCAAAAGAGCCAAUCGCUGCUCUCACCCUCGGGCAUACUCACCAAUGAUAGCAUUGUUGAAAACACCGAAGCUUUACUGGAAAUAGUGCGCAUCUAUAGUCACCGUGAUAUGCCGCCGACGCCGGAAACUAUAAACUCACUGGUAGAGAUGGGUUUCGAAGAGACUGAAGUACUGAAAGCUUUAAAAAAAACUUGCAAUAAUAAAGCAGCGGCAUGUGAGUGGCUUUGUGGCAAUCGUACGGGCAGUUUGAUUGAGCUGCGCGAAGGCUUAUCACAAGAUUCACCCAUACUCAAAGCCAUACUCGAAAUGCCGCAAGUACAGAUGAACCUAAGUAAUCCCAAAAUACUAAUAGCCUUUCUGUCCAUACUCGAAAAUGAGAAUUCGAUACGCGUUUGGGGUGGCGACAAUGACACCACCUCCGUUAUUACACAUAUCCUGCAGAAAUAUCACGAAGAGAAGCAUGUUUUAGGCAUCAAUCAAUUCUAUAGUAAUCGUCAUUAGCAUAUACUAACAAUAACGGUGCGCCAAUUAGCUAACACUUACUGCGCAGUUGCGCAUGCGCACAACACACGCAAUGUUAAAACAAAUUGUAUGCGUUUCGAAAGCAUUCUUGCUUAUAUUUUGCUUCGUACUGACAAAAAGCAAAAUGAAUUUGCGUUUAGCUUAGUGAAAUAUCGUAUUUUUAAAACUAAAUUACUUAUAGUAAAAAAUAUCAAAUACCAAAGAAUAGCAAGCUGUUGUUGUAAUAGUCGAAGUAGUUACCGCAUAUGAGAACAUUUUGUAAUAGCUAACAGAAAAUAAAAAAAAAUAAAUAUAAAUAUGUACGCAA